CAAGCGAGCAAGGAGUGGAUGGUGGAGAAUAUGCUCUCUCUCAUCUUGCUCAAAAGCGCUAAAGGAUAACGCUAUAGUGCUCGGAUGUUACUCUCCCUCUGUUACGGCUCCGCUUCUCUCCUCUUCUCCUCACAAUGUCUUCCAUGGCGACCUGUCUGCACGGGCCGCGGCGCUGGGGGAAACGGAGUUGCGGUCUGCUCGGCGCAUUCCAACGCUCGCAUCCUCAAGCCCGGCCGGCGGCCGUGGCUGGGUCGGAGAACCUCGAUUUUUGCUGAUGAGGAUGAAGAGGGGAAAGAGGAGUACGAAGAGACGGAAUGCGAGAUAUUUGAUGAUGAUGUUCUAGAGCAUAAAGAGUUUUGUAGCAACCAAUAUUCUAUUAAAAAAGGUUCAAAUUCAUAUUCUGAUUCCAGAAAUAAUGCUACAGGAAGAGAAUCUGAACAAAGCAAGAAUCUUGCUCUUACCUCCAUUAAAACAAAGCCUGCUAAAACCAUAAUGCUGAAAACAAAUCUUCAAUCCUAUGACACUUUCAGAGAUAAGUCCUCAAAAAAGAGUCCACCUGAUUGUGAUACAGACGGCCAGAAUUGUGGAAAUUUCACCAAGAUCAGAUUCCAGAAACUAAUAGAUGAACUCGACUUCGACGAGAGAUGGUUUCCUUUGAUCAAUUACUUGAGCACAUUUGGAUUGAAAGAAUCUCACUUCAUUUCCAUUUAUGAGAGACAUAUGGCUUCCCUUCAGAUAAACCUUACUUCUGCAAAGCAAAGACUAACAUUUUUGAUCGGAGUCGGUGUCAAGCACAAAGAUAUUAAAAGAAUACUUGUAAGGCAGCCCCAAAUCUUAGAAUACACAGUCGAAAACAAUAUGAUGUCCCAUAUUCGUUUCCUACUAAGCAUAGGCAUUCCGAGUUCGCAAAUUGGACGGGUCAUUACGAGCACUCCAUCUCUUUUCUCUUACAGCAUUGAACAUUCUCUUAAACCAAAAAUCAGAUUUUUGGUUGAAGAAGUAGGAAUUAAUGGGGAUGAGGUUGGUAAAGUUGUCCAACUUAGCCCUCAGGUUUUGGUCCAGAGAGUUGAUGAUUCGUGGAUGGUCCGUUCGAGUUUUCUGUCGAAAGAAUUAGGCGCUCCGAGGGAUAAUAUAGUGAAAAUGGUUACAAAGCAUCCACAGUUGCUACAUUACAGUAUAGAAGAUGGAAUAUUGCCCAGAAUCAACUUCUUAAGGAGCAUUGGGAUGUGUAAUUCUGAUAUCGUGAAAGUAUUAACAAAUCUUACACAAGUUCUGUCUCUAUCAUUGGAGCAAAAUUUAAAACCAAAAUAUCUUUAUCUUGUAAAUGAGCUCAACAAUGAGGUGCAGUCUUUGAUCAAAUAUCCAAUGUACUUGAGCUUAUCUUUGAAUCGAAGGAUUCGACCUCGACAUCGGUUCCUAGUUUCACUUAAAAAGGCUCCGAAGGGCCCGUUUCCGUUGAGCCGAUUUGUUCCUUCUGAUGAGUGCUUCUGUGAACAGUGGGCUGGCACAACUUUGGAUAAAUAUUUGGCAUUCAGGCAGAGUUUACUGCUCUCAGAUUUUGCAAAUAAGUAUGAGACGAAGAGUUCAUUUUGAUCUGCGACCAUUUUAGUAGAACUCUGAUAUAUAUUAUUUGACCUGGUUCAGCAUUAGCUGCACUAAUACAGAAUGUAAAGGAGACAUUUUUAUUAAUAUUCUCUAAGAAUUGGUGGAGGUAGAGCUGUAAAGGAGACAUUUUUAUUGAUAUUCGCUUAGCACUAGUGGAGGUAGAGCUGUAUUA